CACUGUUUGGGAGAGAGAGAAGAGAUUAAAUGCUUCCCGUGAACCGCCACCUGUGUGCCGUGUCUGAUUCACACAACGUAGAGUGAAGUUUAACUGGAGUGACCGGUUACACUUGCUUCCAAGAAUUGUUGUUCUAACGAAACAUCUUGUAAUAUUUCGAAAUAGUGUAUCACUGAAAGCCAUGAAACAUUUGAAUAAACCACACUGAAUUGAAAGAUGUAGCAUUGUAUCCAGAACAGCUGAUGUAAUGCACAUGUCCUUAUCUGAUGCUCUGCUAUUUGUGUAUGCAAAUGAAUAACUGGAUCUAGAACAAGUAGAAAACAAGCAACAAAAACAAUGCAUGACCAUCUUUCCAUCUUUCACCAUCGUCAAUAAGAUUUCGCAGAAAGCUGCUGAUAUGAAACGCCUCUGCAUUGUGCUCCUGCUGAUCUUUAGAGCUAUUCCCGAUGAUGGAUUUAAUGCACCAAGAAAACAGGAGGCUGAGGAGGAUUAUUUCUUCUACAACAACACCGACCUGGAGAUUGCUGAAAGUCUUUCUAGAUCACUCUGCAACUGGGAAGGCUCCCGGUGUUAUAUGGAGUGCACUGCUAUCAAUCUUACCACAACCGUAGCAAGUCUGAACAGCUUAAAGAAUCUGGAACCACCCACCAAUAUCACAGGUCGAAACAACACUACGCUUGUCUUUGAAAUAAAUAAGAAAAUGACCACAUGCAAUAUCACGAAGUGUGAAUCAGAUGAAAUGAAUGAAUUCAUCACAAGCAUGGAUGAAAUAACGUUACCGAAAGUACAAGCGAUGUGCAACAUAUCAUUUGAUUUAAAUACAUGUCAGAGAGCAGAAAAAAAUUACAUGCUUAAGCUCAUCAGCUUACCAUUUGACGGGGCAACCAAAACCUUUGAGAAGGAGAACUUUAAAAUGACUGUACUUAAGAUGGAUAUGAUGAACACCACGGAUCACAGCCGUGUAAAGAUCUCUGCUCCAAAGAUAUCUGAUGAGGAUCCACCCACAGACAUAUUUAUUCCUAUUGAACCGUUUCAAGACGUCUCACAGGAGCAGUCCAAAAUUGGCAUAGUGGCAUAUCACUCAGCUCAACACUUUAUAAGUAACUCAAGUACUGUGUUAAAGUCUGGCAUUAUUCGCAUUGAAACUGCUGGACGUGAGCUUAAGAACUUAUCAAAUCAUCUUGUUAUCAAGUUUCCAGUGAACAUUAGUCAAAUACCUGAAAAUCAUAACCUGUCAUGUCAGUUCUAUGAUGAAAAAGAGUACAAAUGGGAUGUCAUGGGCUCUUUCACAAACAUGGAGAAUUUAAACGGCAGUAACAUAGUAACCUGCUCAUAUGAUCACAUGACCCCCUUCGCUGUGCUUCUGGUUGAUAUGAGCGUGACACCAAUUAAUCACAUGCAAAUGAAAGUCCUGUCCUAUAUUAGUUAUAUAGGUUGUGGUCUUUCAUCGCUUUUCUCAGCAGUAACCAUGCUUUUAUACAUUCGCAUGAAGAGAUCGAAGCGAAACAGUUCCAUCCAUAUCCAUGUGUCUUUGAGCGCAGCUCUUUUUCUCCUCAACACAAGCUUCAUGUUCAUCGAAUGGGGAGCUACGUCAUCUAAAAACAGUGUGUGCGUCUUAAUAGCAGUGAUAAUACAGUUCAGCCUGCUGUCCUGUUUCUCCUGGAUGGCCGUUGAAGCCCUUCACUUGUACUUGCUUCUAAUCAAAGUGUUUAACACCCACGUCAAGCGCUAUAUGGUCAAGCUGUCCCUGUUUGGGUGGGGAGCGCCUGCUGUUCUUGUUGGGGGAAGUCUGUGUGUACAACUUAGUAAAACAGUUUAUGGCACUAAAACAGUACAAUUAUCAAACACAAACGAAAAAACCCAAUUCUGCUGGAUUACCGACGCUCGCUUCCUGUAUGGCAUGAACAUCACCUACUUCUCCUUAAUGUUCCUGUUCAACGUAUGUGUUCUGGUGGCAGUGAUCAAACAAAUCGUCAAACUGCAGAGCUUGAAUGUUAGAGGCAGUAAGCUUCCGUCUCGUAAGAACAUUUGCACAGUCCUGGGCCUGACCCUCCUGCUGGGAAUGACAUGGGGCUUGGCUUUCUUCACCACGGGAUACACAAACUACCCCGUUCUUUAUCUCUUCUGUACCUGCAACAGUCUGCAAGGGCUGUUUAUGUUCCUCUGGUUCUGCGGUACAAAAAGGAAGAACAGACGUUUCAAGGCCCAAACCUCAACUUCGGGGAAAUCGACCAAUACUUCAUUUAGGACCACUGAAAGCAGCGUUCCCACUGAUCAGUUAUUGCAUGUCAGCUAGUGGUGCAGUGGUUAUAGUAAAUCGUAUACGGACAAACACUAUAUUGAUACAAAUACUGCAACAACUUAUACAAAUGAUUUCAAAAUCUACUUUAUUCUGCAACUCAUCCUGAGGUUCAUAAUGAGUCACUUUUUUCCUUUGUGAGCUGCUGAGUUCCUUAUUAUCAACAUUACAAAAGUUUGGAUGAUGCACAUUGUUUUAAUUACUGCAUGUUGAAAAUAUAUUGUGUAUAACGUAUAACAGUCUAUUACACAUUAAAGUGCUUAUUAAUUC